AUGGCUCAAGCACCACCCAUGUUCACCCCUGAUAGCGAAUUCGCUGAGCUAGAAACCUCUCCAGGCCUCAAGGAUGGGGGCCUUUCGUUAAUGGCGCUGGCUCGAUUUGAGUUCGAGGCGGGCAGGUCUAAUGAUGGCACUAAAAUUUUGAUGAUUGAGUGGGAGGACGACGAUCCGACCCGAUCUGCGAUGGAGGGGUCGUGGCAUGUCUCAUGGGCCGGCAAAACUGCCACGAUGCCCGCCGAUGAAAGACCGAGUGACAGCCUGCGCCGUUGCUACUUCUUGCUCCCUCCCUAUACUACCAUUCCUCCCAUUGUCACUCUGUCGUAUGAACCCAAGCCCUCGCCGACAGGUGUGCCUGCCCCUAAAAGGCCCCAAGACACCUUCCAGCUUAAUCCUCUCCCCGCCAUUUUCCCUCCUGCAUUGGGCGCCACGGGACGCACAGCUGGCAAAAAGGGCGUUUUGCAUACUAUCUGGGCGAAGAAGCGCCUGCAAGUUCUUGAAAAGGAGAUUGAGGAUGAAUCACGCAACAACGCCGAAGGAAUCGCGCUGCUUAUGGCCAUUCAGGAGAAGGAAUGGAUUGAGUUGAACUUUGGAAUAGGCUCGCGUGCUGUCGACUCGGUUGACGGUAACCAUGAUUCCGCGAAUUCAUCCUCCGUGUAUCCAGCCACACCGGUGUCACCAGUCAGUGGCAGGAAUCUGAGUGACAAACUUAAGGGACUCAAGUUGCAGACCAGCGACAAGGAUCUGUCAGGAGGUGGUAUGUAUUUCUGCACCGACUUACAUGUCCCAGAAGCUGACUUACUAGGACUAGGUUCUCACGGAGCAUCGCUUCUGUCCCCGCAAUCGCCUGAUGUUGCAGUUUCCUCUUUCAGCUCGUUCAGCAGCCUCGCUAAUAGCCACCUACAUUCUAUGCCAACGCCUAACACCAAUCCCACCCCUACCCCAAGCUCUCACAUUAAUCUCUCGGGCCCCGAAUCACUGAAACCCGUUGCACUCUUCCCGCCUGACUUCCUCCAGGAGACUCAACAGACAAGCGAGCCCACUGGGUUCACGGCAAUGGAUGCAGCGAUGGGUUCAAUCACGCGCACUCCGAGCAAUGAUUCCGGCGAAGAAUUGUUCGCCAAGGCACUGAGCCCGCGCUCACCGGAUCUCCCUCGCAGCCCAUUCUCAUUCCGUUGA